AUGUGUGUAGAUUUCACGGACUUGAAUGAUGCUUGCCCAAAGGAUUGUUUCCCUCUUCCAAGGAUAGAUACGUUGAUAGAUGCCACUACUGGUCACGAGAUGCUUAGCUUCAUGGAUGGCUUCAGUGGAUAUAAUCAAAUCCGGAUGGACAAGGACGACACACUUAAGGUAUCAUUCAUCAUGGACUUUGGUGUAUUUUGCUAUUUGGUUAUGACCUUUGGACUUAAGAAUGCAGGAGCCACAUACCAACGACUUGCGAACAAGAUGUUUAAACAUCUGAUAGCAUUAAAUAAGGUUAAGAACUUCGAAUGGAUGAAUGAAAGCCAAGUGGCCUUUGAUGAGUUGAAGAACUAUAUGGCAGAGCCACCCCUUCUGUUGAACCCCGUAGAUGAUGAAACUUUAUACGUGUAUUUGGCUGUCUCAGAACAAGCACUGAGUGCUGUCUUGGUUCGAGAGGAUGGAAAAGUUCAGAAACCUGUUUAUUAUGUUUGCAAAGUUCUGCAUGGAGUGGAUCUCAAUUAUUCGUUGAUCGAAAAGUUUGCAAUGACCAUGAUUAUAACAUCGAGAAAGUUAAGGCCUUACUUUCAAUCGCAUAAGAUAGAAGUUUUGACAGACCAACCCCUUUCUAAUGUUAUACAUAGCCCGAAGGCUAGUGGAAGUCCGGGGGGGGGGGGAGAGGACAAGGUAGAAGAGCCCGUUGAGGAGGCAAAGCCUAAAGAAUAUUGGCUAUUAUUUUUUGACGGAGCCUUAAAAGCAAAAGGUAGUGGUGCAGGACUAGUGCUCCAGAGCCCUGAUGGUUUCAUUGUUGAGUAUGCUAUCAAACUGGACUUCUCUACCACCAACAAUGAAGCUGAGUACGAAGCAUUGAUAGCUGGACUAGGAUUGGCUAGAACCCUGAGGGUAAAAAGUUUGAUAGUCGGUGGAGACUCGAAGCUCAUGGUCUUUCAAGUGAAUGGUGAGUUUGAAGCUCGUGAAGAGACUAUGUUGAAAUAUUUAAGGAUUGUAAAGGCCCAAAUAGCACAAUUUGAAAAUUGUCUGGUUCUGAGAACCUCGAGCAUCGAUGCAAGGUUAGUUGCUCCAAUUGACACGGGAGCCACAUGGAUGGAUGAGAUUAAGAUGUAUCUUGAAAACGGUCAUCUGCCGCCUAAUGCCGAUGAAGCACGAAAAUUGCAAGUAAGAGCUCUUAAAUACAUACUCAUAGAGGGAAUUCUUUCGUUUGUAAUUCCUUAUCUGAGAUGCUUAAGGCCAUAUGAGACUCAAAAAGCCCUUAGAGAAGUUCAUGAAGGCGUGUGUGGCCAACACCUCGGAGGAAGGGCAUUGGCUCGUAAGAUCACUCUCUUUUGA